AUGAUCUCCUUAACCUCCCCUAUUCCUGUGCUGCAUCCUACGCACGAAGCACAUGAACAUCGGGAUUGUGUUGGUGGGAACAACGGGGCCAAUGGGAAUGGUAAAGAUAAGGAAUCUUCGAGCAGGGAGAACAGUGCGAUUUGGCAUUGCGUAAUAGCAGGCGGGCUCGGUGGUGCCAUCGGAGACUCUGUGAUGCACUCUCUAGAUACGGUAAAAACGAGGCAGCAGGGGGCGCCCAAUGCGCCUAAGUACAGAAACAUGGUUUCUGCCUACAAAACCCUAUUCGUGGAGGAAGGCAUUAGGAGAGGUCUCUACGGAGGUUACACUGCAGCUAUGCUGGGAUCUUUCCCGAGCGCGGCAAUUUUCUUCGGCACUUACGAGUUUACAAAACGAAAGAUGAUUGACGAAUGGGGCGUCAACGACACGGUGUCGCACCUAACCGCUGGGUUGGGGGGAGACUUGGUCUCGAGUGCCGCUUACGUACCGAGCGAGGUCCUGAAAACGCGGCUUCAAUUGCAAGGGCGUUUCAACAACCCGUACUUUCAUUCUGGCUAUAAUUAUAGAAACCUUAGAGACGCGAUCUCUGUCAUCGCACGGAUAGAAGGCUGGCGGACACUCUUCUUCGGAUACAAGGCAACUUUGUGCCGUGAUUUGCCAUUCAGCGCAUUCCAGUUUGCAUUUUACGAGAAAUUCAGACAUUGGGCUUUUAGUCUUGAAAAUAAGGGCCAGGAUGAGGACCUUUCAGUUUUAAGUGAGCUUACGACUGGCGCUGCAGCCGGCGGCCUAGCAGGCAUCAUAACGACACCCAUGGAUGUUAUCAAAACUCGUAUACAGACUCAAACCCCUCUGAUGGCCUUAGGGGAUAGUGCAAAACUGGUGCGCAUCGAGAACUCUCUUAUCAAAGGCCUGACAGCCGUUUAUCGUUCUGAGGGCGUACUUGGUUUUUUCAGCGGUGUGGGACCUAGAUUCAUAUGGACAAGUAUACAGAGCAGUAUUAUGCUCUUAUUGUAUCAGGUCACCCUCAAAUCACUCGACCGAUUAACGGCGCCUAACUCUGCAUUCAAACAUGAUUGA